GGCUCUGGACACCAGGAGGACGGCGGCGUCACCGUCCCGGCCGGCAGGGAGCAAGUGGCACCGGUCCCAUGGCAGAAUGUGGGGGACUCCGGGCCCGGCGGUGCGGAGCAUCCGUCCCUACCCGACCAGCCAGCAGUACCUGUACGCCAUGAAGGAGGACCUGGCGGAGUGGCUGAAGGAGCUGUAUGACCUGGACAUCGAGGUGGGCACCUUUGUGGAGGUGCUGGAAACGGGGGCUGUGCUCUGCUCCCACGCCAACAACGUCACCCAGGUGGCCGGGGAGUUCGCCCGCACCUACCCCGACGUGGCCCGUCACCUCCGCCUGCCCGCUGCCGGUGUCACCUGCAACCUCACAGCGCAGCCAGGCACCUUCCAGGCCAGGGACAACAUCUCCAACUUCAUCCAGUGGUGCAGGAAGGAGAUGGAUAUCAAAGAUGUGCUGAUGUUUGAGACGGAGGACCUGGUGCUGAGGAAGAACGAGAAGAACUUCGUGCUGUGCCUGCUGGAGCUGGCACGUCGCGCCUCCCGCUUCGGCAUGCGGGCCCCGACCCUGGUGCAGAUGGAGGAGGAGAUCGAGGAGGAGCUUCGCCAGGAGCUGGACCUGCCCCCCACAGACACCCCCCUGCCCCGGCCCCCCAGGAAACCACGGGACCUCAACAACCUCGACCAGAUGGUCCAGCACCUGGUGAGCCGCUGUACCUGCCCUGUCCAGUUCCCCAUGAUCAAGAUAUCCGAAGGGAAAUACCGCGUGGGCGACUCCGACACCCUCAUCUUCGUCCGGAUCCUGCGGGAGCACGUCAUGGUGCGGGUCGGGGGCGGCUGGGACACGCUGGAGCACUACCUGGACAAGCACGACCCGUGUCGCUGCACCUCCCUCUCUCACAAACAAGCCUGGAAAACCAGGAGCCCGCAGCAGCAAGUGCAGCACGAGGUCUGGCUGUGCCCGGCCUCGAAGGCGGCCGCCCCCCGUGGUCCUCAGCCCACGCUGCUGGUCAGCCGCUCCCAGAGCCCCCUGCCCCCCGUCACCUGGGGGUCCCGUGUCCCUCCUCGCCCUCAGUCCCCUGCCACCCCCUCACCACAGAGCUCGGGUCACCCACAGGGUGCCAGCCCUCGCCGGGAGCCAGCACAGCCCCGGAGGGUCCCUUCGGGCAGGAUGCGGGAGCCACCGGCUGCCCCUCCAGGGAGGCAGCCACCACCAUCCAGGGCUCCUGCUCGACCCAGCUCCCCUGGCCACGGGGUGAUGGGCCGGGCACCCACCCCUUCCCGGCUGACCUUGCCAAACGGUGUGGGGGUCCCUAAGGCACCACAUGGCAGCACCCCAGGGAAAACCCCCUUGGCACCGGCACGGGGCAGGUCCACAACACCCAGCCCACAGGUGACACCAGCACGUCCAAGAAGCACCAAGCAAGGAGGAGAAUCACCUGUGGUGGCGGCCAGGCCACAGGAAACAGGGGUACCCACCACAGUGACACCCCGUGCCCCCAGCCCCUUCAAGGGCUGUGCCCCCUCCUCACACCGAGGUGCCCAGGGAGACUCACAGAGACAGAAAAGCCCACGGGAAGGGAAACGGGGAGCCCUGAGCCGGGGCCAAUCCCCCUCACCCCGAAAUUCCUCCAGCCAGCCCCCAAAACAGAACAGCAGCGUUAAAACCCCCAUCAAAGCCAGCCCGGCCACCUCCCGGCCCUCCACCCCUCUGGCCUAUUUUGCAGAGGGAUGCAAAGUCUGUGCUGCUGGGGGUGGUCCCCAGGGGACACAGCAGUGCCACCCAGUCCUGAACCCAAGGGCUGGGGGUGCCGAGGGACCUGGGGUGCCAGAGGAUGAACCGAGGGGAGCCUGUGGUCCUGGUGAUGGGAGCAAGAGUCCUCGGGGGUGCUGGGGGCGCAGACAGCCCCCCGGCUAUGACAGGGUGGUGGAGGAGCUCUCCCGCAGGCAGCAUCCCCUGUGCCCUGUGGGGCUGGGGAGACAGGUCCCCAAAACACCGCCACGAGCUGCCUCACAGCCCACCACCCUCCCAGUCAGGGGGGAAGGAGAGGGGCUGGGAGUGGGGUCCCAGACCCCACAAGGAGUGAGGGCCAACAACGUCCCCAAGCCCCGGCGGUGUCUGAAGAAGCCUGAGCGUGUGCCCUCCAUCUACAAGCUGAAGCUGCGGCCCAAGGUGCGUCCCCGGCGGGACCACAGGCCCGGCAAGCGCCCCUCGCGCAUCCCCACCCCGCUGGGGCAUCGCCCACUUGCCCGCCGGGGCCAGCAUCGCCCCCCGGGGCCGCCCAGACCCCCCCCGCCCGGCAGCACACGCCCCCCGGCCAAGCCCUCCCCAGCCGACUGCAGCGCCUGGCUGACCGAGGAUGAUGAGGAGUCCUGGGUCUGAGCCCUCCCCGAGUGCCGGUGGGGACGGACCCCUCACUCCAAAAACAGGAGUGAGGGGUCCAGCUGAAGCUGGAGCUGCAGUGCUCGAGGCUGGCAUUGGCGGUGUGAUGGGGUUGCUCCCAGGCAGCCCGGGGGUCCUCCCGCCUCGCUCUUCGGAGCUACACGCCCUCCUUCCCUGUGGAUUUUUUUUUUUUUACUGGUAAUUCUUUGGAUAAACAGGCGCUUUUGUGCUGUUUUGGGUGCAAAAAUCCAGCCCCGAAUUGAGAGCAUGGGGUGCUUUCUGCAGGGAAGAGGGGUGUAGCCCCCACUAAAGCAGGGACACCCCACCCCUGGCAUCCAAAGGUGUAAAACAUCUCGAACCUCAGACUUCCCCGUCUGUACCAUGGGACUAAUGAGCCUCAUGUCUCACGGCUCCAAGAGCCUUAAUGAGUGUUUGAGUCACUUGGGUUGGGGGGUCACUGGAAGGGCCCCUUCCUGACCCCUACGAGCUUCCUUGUGGGUGAAGGUGGGAGAACCAGAGGGGUCGUGGUCACCUCGGGGGGGGGGUGGUUGUCCCUGAGGGUCAUGGGGCCACACCCUGAGCCUGCACCACGGACCCAGCAAUGCUGUUUGUGCAAUAGAGAUGGACCAAAGCUCUUCUGUUUCCACACUUGUUUUUGUGUGGAAAACAAAGAGGGAGAGAGGAUGAUCCUGAUGGGGGAGUCACGGCUGCCAGUCUGCUCCCUGUGGGCACAACAAAUGUCCCUCCAGGAGCCCCACAGGGGCCACGGAUCCCCAUCUCCCAAGAGGGGACAAAGCCAGCCCCACACCCCUGCAGAGACAGCAAAGGUGAGCCCUGGGGCUCCGGGGAGGCAAAACCUGCUUGCAAAAAUACUCCUGAGGCGGGUACAGAACAAGGGGGGACAGACCUGAUUUUUAAUUCGAUUUCAAAGAAGGGGGUGCAGGGAGUUAUAGGCGGUGUAGACACCUUGGGAAUCUCCGACAAGAAGUCCAGGAGGGAAAGGAAAGCCAAGUCCAGGCAACUGGGAUGCUCACCGGGGCAGGAGGAGGAGGAGGAAAGGGAAGCAUCCUUGGUGGGGCUGAGCCAAACCCAGGCAUCACCUCCACACGCACGGGGGCAGAAACACAGCACUGUCCUGGCGACAGCGGCGGAGACAUCCCAGCCUCUCCCAGGCCCAGGAGCAGGUUGUUUCCAGCAGGACCAGGGUGGUGUUGGGGAAGUGGGAACACUUUGUACUACAGGUGUGAGUAGGGGUGAGGCACGAGGUGCUUGUCACUGCUGCUGUGCUGC